UUCGGCUCGGAAACUACGUCAACUGUGCAUGUACAUACAUGGAUGCACGUACAUAUCUGUCAUAGGCCAUAUGGUCAAAGAUCAUGUCCCGAGAACAACAUCUUGGAUUAAAAGUGCUUUGGUAUAUAUUGUACGCCAAGUCGCGUGCAGCAUCAGUAUCGUUUUGCUAGUCAAAAUGUACAUCGCGACGAGGACAACAUUAAUCUUCGCGACGGUCUACGUGACACUCAUCCUCCAGGAGGCUGCUGCCAAUGACCCAAACAUCAUUUCUAGAUCACAAUGGGGCGCUAGAGCACCGAAAUCGCAAGCUGGUAAUCUAAAAUUAAAUCCAGCGCCUUACGUGAUUAUUCAUCAUUCGACUGGAUCCGGUUGCGAAUCACAAGCUCUGUGCCAGUUAAAAGUGAGACAAUUCCAGAAUGAUCACAUGAAUCGAAGAGGAUGGGACGAUAUUGGCUACAAUUUUCUAGUCGGUGAAGACGGAAACGUUUACGAGGGUCGCGGGUGGGGCAAGCGAGGCGCUCAUUCUGUACCUUUCAAUAGGAAGAGCAUUGGAAUUUGCAUUAUCGGAGAUUACAAAAACCGAACACCAAAUGCAGCGGCGGUACAGGCGGUAGCCAACUUAAUCGCUCAUGGAGUAGCCAACGGCAAAAUAAAGAGUGAUUACAAGCUUCUUGGGCAUCGACAAACCUGGGCAACCGUAUGUCCCGGAGACAGUCUUUAUACAAUGAUAAAAUCGUGGUCUAAUUGGUCGGAAAGUGAAUAAACUAAAUAUAUUAUUUGUA